CACCUGCCUAAUUUUUCUAAUUUUUGUAGAGAUAGGUGUUGCUGUGUCACUGAAGCUGAUCUUGAACUAGACUCAAGUUAUUCUCCUUCCUUGGCCUCCCAAAGUGCUGAGAUUAAAGGCGUGGGCUAUCAUGCCCAGCUACUGUGUUUUUUAAAAAAAAUUAUGGUAAAAAAAAAAAAUUGUGGCAAAAUAUACAUACCAUGACAGGGCCCAUGCUUUUUGCCAUCACACUCUCCUUUCUACACAUCCUAAUUCCUCUGCUUGAAGAGCCUUCUCCUAAGUCUUUACAUAGUUAAGUCCUGUUGUCUCAGGAGAUUGGGUCAUAGGUUACUGCCUUAGUCUGUUUUCUGUUGCUAUAACAGAAUGACACAGACUGGGUGAUUUAUAAAGAAAAGUUUAUUUAGGGUAUGGUUCUAGAGGCUGGGAAGUCCUAGAGUAUGAUGCUGUGUAUGACAGGGCUUUUGUACUGCUAGGGAGAGAGGGCAAGUACAUGCCAGCUCAGGUCUCUCUUCUUGUAAAGCCAUCAAUCCCAUCAAGGGGACCGCACCCUGAUGAGCCUAUCUAAUCCUAAUUACCUCCCAAAGGCCCCACCUCCAAAUACCAUCAACAUAUGAAUUUGCGGAUUAAGUUUCUAAGACGUGAACUUUGGGGGAUAUAUUUAAGCCCUAGCAGUUACACUGUCUAGAAAGCCUUUCCUACUCUCUUUCAGUCUGGCUCCAGUUUAUCUCCUCUAUGCUCUCAGUGAGCUGUGGGUCAGAGGCAGCCCUAAAUUUAUCAUUCCCAAUGGUAAUUGCAAUGUUACCUCUCUGUAGCUGCUGCUACCCCCAUAGUGGACUACAGCCUCCCUGAGAGCAGGAGUCAGGGUUCAUCUUUAUGAUCUCAGUGCCCAACAACAUGCCCUGUAAGUGUUUAUGGGAUGGAGAGAGGGAGGCCCUGUAUGGAUUUUCUUUUCUAAAAUUGGAAAACAAAAUAAUUGACUCUGAUUAAAACUGAUCACAGAAGACAAUUUUUUUUUACAAUGAAAAAUAGAAAACAAUAGGCUAAAGAAACACUGAGAAAUGCUAAUCUAGGUCAGGUUCCACAUGGCCAGAUGCCUAUAUUUUUAGUUUGUCAGAUUUUAUCUCUUGCAAAGAAAAAAAAUCCCCAGGACGUAGAAGAGAAAGGAAAUGCUUUUGUUUUUCAAAUUGUGAAACUGUAGUUUCCAUGACCUCAUUGUGAGGCAAUCCCUCUUCUUGGAGAUAAAAUCCCUCUUCUUGGAGAUAAUUUAUCUUCUCUUAAAGUGCAGCAUCUAAUUUAGGGCUCAGUGAUUUGUGAUGAUUCAGAGAGGAUCAGAGAACAUAAUUUUAAAGCCUGGAAAAUGAUGGCCAUGAGGAGUAUACACAGAAAUUGAGAUUGUUGGGGCUGGAGCAUAGAAAGGCAUAAAGAUCUGUGCCAGUAAGUCAACAAGGAUACAGUGUCGCCUACUGGUGGGCAUACACAGACUUGUUUUCUACUGGGGAGUCCACCCAGGGAGAGAAUUACCAGCGCCAGAAACAGCAGUUGCUGCCAUCCAGCAGCAUCGUAGAUUACAAAAUACAACAGUGUUGUCUCUUUGUAAUUGUGUAAGCCACAACAUUUGCCAUAUAAUUUUCCUUUCUGAUUUGAAUUUGAUUUACUGUCCUUGAAAUUCCCUAGUGUUAAAAACUUAAUUCGUAAAUGCUAAGACAAGAAGCCAAUUUUCCUAUUAUAAGAAAUAGCAAAGUACCUUCCAUUUUUGAAGACUUGCCUACAAAACUUAAAAAAAAAAUUCCAGGCAUGUGGGAAAUUCAGCUUCAUUAAAAUAGUGUUUAAUUAGAAAGGAAAGAGAGUUACAUUUGUAGAACAGAGCAAUUUGAUUAUAUUUGAACUAUUAAAUAGAUUAAUUUUCAGGGUGGUCAUUCUUAUAUGCAUUUAAUUGACACUAAAUUAUAUUAAGAAUUUAAUUUUAGCUCCCUUUACAAAUUGGCCAAUGCCCAAUCACCCCUGAUAGACUAAUAAGAUUUCUACUCUGCUGUGGUUUUUAUUAAUCCUCAUUACUACUCACAGAGGAAAAACCUAAGUUUUUCCCCCACUCUCCCCCACUGAGUUCAACAGCCACAUUCUGGAACUGUUUCAACAGAAUGUGAGCAUUAUUGUAAAUUCUUGGGACCUCAGACCCAAAUCCAAACCCAAACAGACCUUCCUGCCUAUUCUGCCUGCAUCACUGGCGUCACAAGCCAGUAAAGGACUAGUGCUUCACUUAAAAAUCCCCUUGCGAGCUAUUUCUUGAUCCUCUUUUCUCUCAGGAUCUCUCAUGAUCUUUCUCUGUUUGUGUUGGAGGCUGUUUGUGUGUUUAGUUAACACAAGCUUCGUGCAGUCUAAGAUUCCUGACUUAGCAAGAUCACCUGCUGCUAAAUCCACCUCCAGCCUCUGCACAAGAAGGACCAUGUCUAAAUGGAAAGGAUGCUGUGAAAUAGGCUCUGGAAGCUUCUCACCGGGCUCGAGGUCAGUUCUUAGCUGGGAUUGCUGUGUGGUGACGGCAGGCUUUUCCUCUUCUAAGCUAGAGAGCACAGGCAUGUGACAGUCGGGCUUCUUGUUCCUCUCAGCACUCCACUGCCAUCCCUGCUCCCAUGGAGGAGUGCAGCAGUUAGCCUUCUAAGAAAGUAAGUCAGUAUCACUGCACAAAGUGAUGGGUUUAUUUUUUUAUCUUUAUAUGUUCAUAGUCAUUCUAUUUGCUUCUGUUUUUGAGCCAUUGCUUGACGAUGCUUUUCCCCCCCUUCAGUUUUUGCUAGAAAUACUAUAUGUAGGGUUUUGAGAUGAGGUAAUAAUAGCCUCUCAAGCCUUUCCUCAUAAAUCAGUAGCUUUUGUGUCUUGCAGAAAUGUCACUUAGUUAAGUGAUCCUGAGUGUAGGCUAUUUGUAAUUUGGGAGGGGACAGGGAAAUAAUGGAUUUGUAAUAUCCAGGGGCCCAGUUUGAAAUGGUAUGCAUGGAUUAAUUUUGUCACUUGUUUUUUUAAGGGAAGAGUCCUUGAAAGAGACUAUUAAAUAUUUCUGCUUAUUUGUAGGACACUAUUGCAAUUGCAAAAGCUUAAAGUAAGAAAAUUAGUUUGAGAUGAGUGCCACUGCUCUUGUCUCAAAAUAGAUUCUUUCAUAUUAACCUUUAAAAAAAUUUUUUUUUCAGGUAUCCUUAUUUUAUCUAAUAAAAAAGUGUCAGUAAGGACAGAUAGUGUGUUUUCAUGAGACCAAAUUGAGAUCGACCAUAUUUUUUCCUCCUCUGUCCCCUAUCAUGUUGACCCAUGGAGUUAAUACAAUCUUAUGAUUUAUUCUAUUAUGUAUCAUACAAUAAAGUUUCAGCUUAUUCUGUAAAUGCGGACCACAGUUUGAAGAAUAUAAUAUAUACAGCCUCACAUAGUAUGAGAUUUGAGAUUGACUUUUAAAAAUUAUUCUUAAUAAAGUGGAUAUUUUCUAAAUUAAAAGAAAAGAUAAUAUUUGGAGAAAUGGGGUUGAAUUGGUUGAGACAUCUUAUUUUUGUUGCUAUUUUUAAAGUUUGAGUUCUGAUGGUCUUCCCAGAGGCAUGGCUACUGCAUGUUUCUGAUUCCCUAGUAGAGCUUCACCUUCAAACACUUUACCCCAAGCAUACCGAUUUUUGUCUUAGUAAAUAUGGUCUCUGGCCCUAAAAGACAAAAGAGGUUGUAGAAAUUCUUAUAGGAGUCUAAUUAUAAAGCUGACACUUAGAGCUAUACUUACUUUUUACAGCUCGGAUUUGGUAAAAUUCUGGUCUACGUUAGUAAAUUUGUUAUUAUCUUAAGUAUUGGAUUCAUAGCUCUAAAAAUAUGAUACAAUUGAUUCUCUGUUUGCAGUGAUUUCAUUUUGUUCCUGAUAUCUGCUUAUCUCCAAUAACAUUACUUGAAUGAAGGAACAAGAAAAUCCAUUCCUCGCUGCCGACAGAUCAACAGGAUGCUCUCCAAUGAAUCCUUACACCCUCCCGCGUUCAGCCGCUCCAACUCGCAGGCCUCGGUGGACAGCGCGUCCAUGGAGGAUUUCUGGCGGGAAAUAGAAAGCAUUAAGGAGAGCAGCAUGGGCGGGCAGGAGGAGCCACUGCCAGCCGAGGCCAAGCCCGUGGAUGAAGGAGAACUGGAAGCAGAGUGGCUGCAAGAUGUGGGUUUAUCAACGCUGAUCUCAGGUGAUGAAGAGGAAGAUGGUAAAGCCUUGCUGUCCACAUUGACUCGAACCCAAGCAGCUGCAGUGAAAAAGAGAUACAAUACCUACACUCAGACCAUGAGGAAGAAGAAUAAGCAAUCCGUCAGGGAUGUCAGAGACAUCUUCGGAGUCAACGAAUCUCCUCCAGGUAAUACCUGUGACAACCAUACUCUUCAGCUGGAUGGCACUCAAGAAGGAAAAGAGCCACCAGGAGUUAUCCAAACAAGUGGCCCCAAGCCAGGUGGUGCUUCUCUCAACAGUACUACCCUGUCUGAUACGUCCCAGGUUGAAGAAGAGAGUUUUGCCGUUCCCAGGAGUGGCUCUGUGUCUAUACUUGAGACCAUUCCAGAUAUACCGGUUCAUUCCAAUGGAUCACCAGACCCCGGGCAGCCCGUUCAGAACGCCAUGAGUGAUAAUGACUAUUUGGAAAAGAACAUUCCACCAGAAGCUGAAGAACUAUCUUUUGAAGUGUCUUAUUCAGAAAUGGUUACAGAGGCUCCAAAAAGAAAUAAACUUAAGAAGUCAGAGAUUAAGAAAGAAGACUAUGCUUUAACUAAACUCAUUGUCCAGAAAACGCGAUCUGGCUUAACGGAAGCAGGAGAUCUAUCUGCUGAAGACAUGAAGAAAAUCCGCCACCUCUCUCUGAUUGAGCUGACUGCCUUCUUUGAUGCCUUUGGAAUUCAGCUGAAAAGAAACAAAACAGAGAAAGUAAAAGGGCGAGACAGUGGGAUUUUUGGAGUUCCACUCACAGUCCUCCUGGAAAAUGACCGCAGGAAAGACCCUGGCGUGAAAGUCCCCCUGGUGUUACAAAAAUUUUUUGAGAAAGUUGAGGAAUCGGGUCUGGAAUCAGAAGGCAUUUUUCGACUUUCAGGAUGUACUGCCAAAGUCAAGCAAUACCGUGAAGAACUGGAUGCCAAGUUUAAUGCUGAUAAAUUUAAAUGGGACAAAAUGUGCCAUAGAGAAGCUGCAGUUAUGUUGAAAGCAUUUUUCAGAGAACUGCCCACAUCUCUCUUUCCUGUGGAAUAUAUACCUGCCUUCAUCACUCUGUUGGAAAGAGGACCUCACGUCAAAGUACAAUUCCAAGCCUUACACCUCAUGAUCAUGGCACUGCCUGAUGCCAACAGGGAUACAGCCCAGGCCCUCAUGACGUUCUUCAAUAAAGUGAUUGCCAACGAAUCAAAAAACCGAAUGAGUAUGUGGAACAUUUCUACUGUAAUGGCACCAAACCUUUUCUUCAGCAGAAGCAAACAUUCCGAUUACGAAGAAUUACUGUUAGCAAGCACCGCGGCCCACAUCAUCCGCCUCAUGCUUAAGUACCAGAAAAUCUUGUGGAAGGUUCCAUCUUUCUUGAUCACUCAAGUGAGGAGGAUGAAUGAAGCCACCAUGCUGUUGAAGAAGCAGCUGCCAAGCGUGCGGAAGCUGCUCAGGAGGAAGACCAUAGAACGGGAGAUUACAAGCCCCAAGACUUCAAAGGUAUUACAAAAAUCACCCUCUUCAAGAAGAAUGUCUGACGUGCCCGAGGGAGUCAUUCGCGUCCACGCUCCUCUUCUCUCCAAGGUGUCCAUGGCCAUUCAACUCAACAGUCAAACCAAAGCCAAAGACAUACUGGCGAAAUUUCAAUUUGAGAACAGUCGUGGUUCAUCAGAAUGUAUUAAGAUUCAGAACCAAAGGUUAUAUGAAAUUGGAGGAAAUAUAGGACAGCAUUGCUUGGAUCCAGAUGCUUACAUAUUGGAUGUAUAUCAUGCAAAUCCUCAGGCAGAAUGGGUGAUUAAGCCCCAAGCAAGUCCUUGAAGUGCCCUCAAGAUGGCUGCCAUCGUGUAUCACACGCCACGAGGACCCUGCGUUCAGUGGAGAAAACAACGCUG